AUGGUAAGUAUUCACAUCUAUCUGACAAGGAGGAUGUCGUUCAAAAAUGUCCUUUUUGACGAAAAAUUUUCUUUUGUGUUUCUGUCUUCAAAGACAUCAAAGAGCAACCUCACGAUUCCUGAAAGACGCCAUCAUCUCGAGUACCUGAUUACAUUGAUGCUUCCAUUUCUGAAUAUGUUAUUUGAAGCUCAAAAGCAAGAGAUAGAAGUCGAGGCAAAGAUUCAAGUAAUUACUGCCAUACUUCAAUUUUUAACUUGCACCGACGCUGCCCAAAGUGCAAACUGCUGUCAAGAGAUUCGCCAAAGAUUUUUUUGUGCACAACCUGAAAUGAAGCUACAAUAUGCGGAUAAAGACUAUCUAUAUAUACACGGUUUUAAUGCUGUAAAACCGAGCUCCACUUCCGAUCAUGGGGGAAAAGAAGAACCUAACCAAUCCGUUAAGUGGCACGCUGGUUAUAACAGAAGGAUCACUUGUGCACCAAAAGAGCUAGGUGGUUGUGGUCGUCAUAGUAUCUUGGAGCUUAAACGAAUCUUUACGCCAACAUGGAUGUCAGACUUGAAACAAAAAGCAGAGGCUUUCAGGGCGUCAUACAAAAAAAGUCCUAGAAUGUCAAACUAUAGGUGUCCUGGUUUAAAAACUGAUAUGAAGAGAAAAGCAGCUUCGAGGAAAUCAAGCGACAACUACCUGUUCUCUCCUGGAUCUAUUGAUGUCUUGAAAGAAGAAGAGCAUCUGCAUUUUCAAGAGCAUUGGGCAAAAGGCGAACCAGUAAUCGUUAGGGACACUCUGGAAAACACACCUGGUUUAAGCUGGGAACCGGACGUUAUGGCAAUUGAUUGUUUAGCUAAUUGUGAGGUCGACAUCAGUGCACGUGACUUCUUUGAUGGUUACAGGAUAGGAAGAACAUAUGAUAACCUCUGGCCUGAGAUGUUGAAGCUAACAAACUGGCCUCCUUCUAAUAAAUUUCAAGAUCUUUUGCCUCGUCACUGUGACGAGUUCAUAUCUGCGUUACCUUUCCACGAAUAUAGUAAUCCAAGAACCGGAAUUCUUAACAUUGCAACAAAGCUUCCUGAUGAACUUCUCAAAGUAGAUAUGGGUCCCAAAACUUACAUUGCCUAUGGGAUUCCAUAUGAGCUAGGGAGAGGCGAUUCAGUAACUAAGCUUCACUGUGAUAUGUCAGACGCGGUUAAUAUUCUGACUCAUACAGCUGAAGUAACUCUAAGUAAAGAACAAAAAUCUGUGGUUCAAAAUCUGAAACAGAGACACAAGGACCAGGAUGAGCUUGGAGGUAACGUUAUAAUUGGGUGUUUCAGCCAAGAAAAGGAAAAUGAACCUGCCGUGGCAGAGAUUCUGAGCUCUCUAAAACAGAUACACAAGGACCGGAAUAAGCUUGAAGAUAACGGUAUUAUUGGGUGUUGUAGCCAAGAAGAGGAAGAAGAACCCAACGUGCCAGAGAUUCUGAGCUAUGAAAGUGAACAGAAUCAUGAAGAAACGGGAAGUGCUAAAUGGGACAUAUUUAGGAGAGAAGAUGUUCCUAAGUUAGAAGAGUAUCCGGUUACGAAGGUUUAUCAUCCGAUACAUGACCAAUCAUGCUAUUUGAUCAUAGAGCAUAAAAGAAAACUCAAGGCUGAAUUUGGGAUCGAGCCAUGGACAUUUUUGCAAACUCUAAGAGAAGCGGUGUUUAUUCCCGCGGGUUGUCCUCAUCAAGUUUGGAAUCUAAAGAAAGGUCAGAUGAUAGAGAGAACUGUUGGAGGUCUAAGUACAACUCAUUCUCAAACCAUAUGGUUGUUAGACUACUUACCAAGCCUUGAGUUUUUUGGUGAUCUGAUCAGAAAUGCUGAGUCGAAGACAAAAGUAGCAGUUGGCUUUGUGUCACCAGAGAACAUCCAUGAGUGUUUGCGUCUGACUGAAGAGUUUCACCAACUUCCCAAGGAACAUAGAGGCAGGGUGGAAAAACUUGAGUAUCAUGAGAGACUGAUAGAACAGUACCAGGAAAGACUGAUACAACAGUACCAGGAGAGACUGAUACAACAUCAGGAGAGACUGAUACGCGAAAGAAGGAAAAAGUGUUGCUCAUGUACAGCCGAAGAAAGAAAAUUGGAUUAUGGUCUUGGUGUUAGAUUUAUAAUUGAUUGUGUCUUGUUAUAUUCACUUGGUCGUGAGCCAGAGAUUGAUAAAAGCCUCAAUUACCAUAGCAAGAUAAAUUUUCUGCAAGAUGUGGAAAAAGCUGUUGGAAAAGAAGUGUGGGACCACAUUUGUAAUUCAUCUUUGGGAAUAGUUGUGCGGUUCAUUGAAAAUAAAUUCAGUUGGUCCUCAAAGGUUGUUGAAAAUCUGCUUGUGAAGCAACUUUUUUGCGAGAAAAAAUACGAGAUAUGGUGCUUGUUCGGUAGUACAACGGCUCGGCUUUUCCUGUCAGAGUUCAAAAUCAUAACGGGUCUAAACUAUGCACCUUUACCUAAAGAGAAUGAUAAUGAAAUAGAUGUGGGAAACGAUGUGCACAAAGAGUUGUGGGCAAAGAUAUGA